CUCUCUUUCUCUCUUUUGGACUCGUCUUCACCGGGUGAAGUGGGAAGGGAGAGAGGGUUUCUGUUAGUGGCACGCAAUGCCGAGAGGCACGCACGUGUGACGCCGGACGAGAGCGAGAAGGGCUUCUAGACGGUAGAGAGAGCGAUUAUUCGUGGAGAUCGGUCGGGCAGGAGGUGAUUGGUCGAGGCGAAGGCGCGUGCCGCGCCAAGAUACACUCCGAAGUGAAUGGGCGCGUUUCAUCGUCCGCAUUUCGGUGUACGGGUUCGUUAUUUGAUUCGCUAUUUGCCUCGGUCCUCUCCUCGGUUCGUCGUUCCGCCGCGCCGUAGGAGCGCGCAGUAUGUGCGCAGUGCGCUCCCACCGCGUGCGCGUAGUGUGUCUAACCCCCGCCGACGACUGCCAUCUUUGUCAAGUGGGUAACCUUUGUUGAUUUGUGUGAAAUGUGACGCCGUUGUCGCGAGAUAAUUGGUGAUCGGUGAUUAAGCGCGAAGCGCGUGUCGACGCGAUAAAGUGUUUAACGAUAGUGUUUUCCCUGGAGUAUCGUCGUCAUCCUGGAUACAUCAUAAAUGGAACUAUUUUGACCAGUGGGUCUCUACGAGGAAUCAACAAAUCAAAGAAAGAAAAAGCGGAAGAAGAAGAAAGAAAGAGAAGAAGAAGAAGAAGAAGAAGAAGAAGAAAAGAAAAGAAAAGAAAAGGUGGAAGAGGAGGGAAGGUAGGGAAGUGGCAAGUGGUGAUGGACCUUGCCGUCUGCAGGAUGUGAAGAAUGUCGCGAGCUCGGGACCAAACGUUACCGAGCCUCGAUAUAUAAUAUAUCGCGGGCUCGGAGACAGCCCUCUCCCUCUCCGGUAGCCUGCCCUCCAGGUGGCUUUCCGAGAUGGACGAGAGCGAGUCAGCCGACACAUGGUCGGUCUGGUUCCUGGACGCGAUACGAAAGAUACGUAGCCAGAAACAGAGGCCGAGCGUCGAGCGAAUAUGUCACGCAAUAAGGCAGCAUCAUAAUUUUCACGAGGAAGAGAUCGCGGAACACCUCGAGGUUGCUGUCAAACGGGGUGACGUUCUUAAGAUCUUCAACAAGGGUCAAUCAUCUUAUAAGGAUCCUGGUGGUUUGCAAUCGAAGCCAUUGAAAGUUGGUAAAGGGACCGACUUAAGCAAGGUUUUAGGCAAGGCUGUGAGGGAGCUCGGCGAGAGAGACGGUUCCAGUUUGAAGAACAUCGAGAAGUACAUAAGGCAGAGUCAUACGGUAGAGGAGGAAGCUGAAGGAGAUCUCAGGACAGCUCUGAAACUUUCCGCGAAAAGGGCGCUCGAAAGGGGACUUGUUCUUCAAGACGGUAGGCUCCUCAGGCAACCUGAUAGGCCGCCGUACUUCAAGAAAGUUGGUAAUGCUGAAGGAGCGGCUCAUCACAGUCUGUCUCAGGAACAUCUUGCGCCCAAGUUACCGGCUCCGCUUCCAAUAUGUAGAGAAUGUCUUGGUGCGACGAUAGCCAGCAACAAUAACAACACCAAGCGUAAUAGUACCACCAAUGGCAGCGCAUCGGAAAAAUUGAGCAGGUGUAGCAUUUGUGGUGCAGCGUUACACAACUCUUGCGCACCACCCGAACUUUCGAUACUCGUUGAUAGGGGUAUAACGUGGUCGUGCGACGAUUGUUCGCCAACGUGCGCGGGUUGUCAGUUGGAUCGAGAGUCUCAGAAUUAUUUGGUAAAGUGUGCCGGUUGCGUGAAAUGUUAUCAUCCUACCUGUUUGGAUCCGGCUUUGGAUAAGAAGAACAAGGCACCUUGGAGAUGUCGACAUUGUCAAACGGCGCAUACACCUGUUUCUAAGGACGAUGGAAAGAAGGGCAAGGUGCAAGAUUCAUCCACGCUCGAAGAUACGCCGACAAGUGCGAGGAAGAGACUUAGCAAGUUGCGUGAAAAUAGAAAGUCUACUGUAUCCAGAAAGAGCCUGACAGCGUCAACCCCGGGCAAGAAAGGAAACUCAGGAGUGGCUCAGGUGGACAGCAGCUCGGACGGUAAUGCGGGUGUUGUCUCCCCUCGUCAACUACCUUUGAUUCCUUCUCCUUUACCACAACCCCCCACCCCACUCGCAGGCCAGGGUAGGCUGCUCGAAGAAAAGAACGACCGGAUUUCCAAGGAAAAACAAAAGUUCUUUAGGCUGAGCAUGUUCAACGCGGAUCACAACAAAUUAAAGCGGGUGGGGGGCGGUGAUAAAUGUAGACCCUCACAGAACGUUAGUCCUAGGUCGACACGGGGUAACGCGAAUUUGAAGAAAGUCGUGCCUAGUAAAAGUGUACCACUAUCUAGUAGUAGCAGCAGCAGUAGCAGUGAGGCCAGUGAGAGCGACAGUUCUGACGGGAGUGAUAGUACGGACGAUGACGAGGAGGAGGACGAGGAGGAGGAGGAGGAGGAGGAGGGUAAUAGUUCAAGCGAAUCCAGCGGCUCGUCUUCCUCGGAAGAGAGCCGAGAGGAAGAGCAGAACGAAACGCCGAAACCAAAGGGCCCCUUUUCUUGUGAUCUUAGCGAGGAUAAACCUUGGGGCUUCGCCGCGGCUGCUGCCAAGUUGAACACGGAAUCUCCUUUCUUUAGCAAUAUCAACAACACUUUCGGUGCGCCUUUACCUAAACUCGAUGUAAGCAAUACACCGACCUUUGGUAUUCAUAUACAGCCUGCCGCUAUUCUGGACGGUACAAAGAAGCAGAAAAAUGCGACGAAUAGUUUCGCGAGCAUGGAUAGUAAAAUAAAGCCCGGAGUUGGUCAGCUAAAAAGCCUCUUCGACGGACUAAGUCAUUUCUUUUCAGCUCCCACUAAUAGUAGAGCGAGGACAGGUGCUCAGGCACCGAAUUACGCACCUGGCAGAAGGAAAAGGUCCAACACCGACGAUGGGAAUAAAGCGAAUAAAGUAUUUAAAACCGGUACGGGACAAAGAGGCAAGCGGGAAGACUCGCCUGGUGCUAGGAACAAGUCGAAAGAACGGAGAAAGAUCGAGGACGGCAACGAGGAACUGGUAUCGAGAACUCCGAGACCGGGUAUCUUUGUACCUUCCAGCGAAAGCUUGUUCGCCUCUAUGAACAAUAACGAGAAACCACCGAAAAUGACUCCGUCAAAUUUGGUUAAAACCGCGGUUAAUAGUAAAAGGCACGAGCACGAAAGAAGGAAAUUAAUGAAAGACGAUACGUCUUUGGUAAAGUGUGCUGACGCUGAUUUGUCCUCGCCAUCGUCAUCGCCGUCUUCCUUGAUGAAACACGAACAGCAACAGCUACACUCGCGAAAGAAAGAAAAGGUCACGGAGGCGGCAGCUCAGUCACGCCACCCUGCGCCCGCUGCUCCGAAAUCCGGCCUGUGCUCCGAUUCCCUCGUCAAAUCUAAUCCUAACCUUAAACCUAAUCCACGAGCCUGUACUAGCGCCAUCACCACCAACACCACCACGACACCCCGCGCGACACCCUGCUCCACCAGGAAGGAUGAACCGGUCGUGCCCCAAACCUUACCACCUGGAGUGACACAAAGGGAUGUAGAACUGUUCAAAGAAGCUCGCGACAGGGCGGCACGCUUGACAGUCACCAACGACGACGACGAGGAACCUCUGUCUAGUCAUGUCACAGGUGGCGCAAAUACCAACAAUACGCGUAAUCCAGCAGCUAUUGUCUUUGGACGUUACGAAGUAGAAACGUGGUAUUCCAGUCCGUUCCCUCAAGAAUACGCAAGAUUACCAAAAUUAUUCUUUUGCGAAUUUUGUUUGAAAUACACAAAAAGUCGUGCUGUUCUAGACAGGCAUAUGGAUAAGUGUCAAUGGAGGCAUCCACCUGCUACAGAAAUUUAUAGGUGCAAUGGAUUGUCUGUUUUUGAGAUCGAUGGGAACGUCAACAAGAUUUAUUGUCAAAACUUGUGUCUGUUGGCAAAAUUAUUUUUAGAUCACAAAACUCUUUAUUACGACGUAGAACCAUUUUUAUUUUAUGCUGUAACAAAGAAUGACAAAUAUGGCUGUCAUUUGAUAGGAUAUUUCAGUAAGGAGAAACAUUGUCCUGCCCAAAGGUAUAAUGUCUCUUGCAUUAUGACGUUGCCGCAAUACCAAAGGCAGGGCUUCGGCAGAUUUCUCAUUGAAUUCAGUUAUCUUUUGUCCAAAGUCGAAGGAAUUCCUGGUACCCCGGAAAAACCACUAUCCGACCUUGGACGUGUAUCGUACCAUUCUUUUUGGAAAAGUGUUGUACUUGAGUAUUUAGAUGCACAUAGGAGUGCGACCGAAGUAAGAAUAGGUGAUAUAACGAAAGAAACUGGUGUGUCGGCUCAUGACAUUGCUAUGGCGAUGCAAUUGUUAGGAUUUAUUAAAACGGUUCAUUUGCCUGGCGAAGGAAAUUCUAAAAUCGCUAUUGUAGUCGACUGGAGUAAAGUUGACGCGCAUAUGACAAAAGUACGAAAGAGUUCCCGUAUCAAACUCGAUCCAGAUUGUUUGCGAUGGAUACCAUUACUAACACAAAUACCUAAUCCUUAUCAAAGCCCCGAAGAAAGCGGUGAUGCCAGUUCAGAAGCUUCUCCAACGAUAGAACCUAAACCUGUACCAACGAUCGUUGAGAAAAUACAGAGGGUAAAAAUAAAGAAGAAACCGCGCAGUAGAAGAAUAGGACAGCGAAAAUCGUCUCCUUUAAAGCCAAAGACACCAGUAAGAGCCACGCAACAAAAAGAGAAGGAUGGAAAAGAAGGAGAAGAAUCUAAAGUGCCUAAAGAAUCAAAGGUGACAAAUGAUAUUAUGGGAGAGAAAGAAAAGAAAGAACGAGAUCAAGAUAAUAAUCAAAGUAGUAAUACGGGCAUAGGAAUUGAGAAGAAUUCAACGGAAAUGGAAAGUAAAAGCGUUGCGUCGACGCCGAGAAAUGCACGAGGGGGUAACGUUUCAAAAAACACUAAUACAUCACCUACAUCGAAAGUAACGCCUGCUUCGACGGCAUCAAGAAGAAGAAUUCGAGUAGCGAAGACCGCCGCCGUGGAAACACCGGCAACCACGCCUCUAAGAAAACGAAAACAUUCCGAGAAAGUUGAAGCCGAAGAGAAGGAGGAAAAGUCUGAAGUGAGUUCCAGGAAAAGGACUCGAGAAUCAUUAAGAGAAAAAGAACGAGAAAAGGAACGCGAACGGGACAAGGAGAAAGAUAAAGAAAAAUCGAAGGAGAAAGACAAAUCUAGAGACAAGGAUGCUCAAAAGGAAAAAGUUGUGGAAACGAGAAAAACACCACCGAAGGUAGUAACACCAACUCAAUCGGUCAAUCAGAAGCCAGCAAAGAAACAAUGUAAAGUCGACGACAUUUUGUUAAAGGUAACUAGUAGACAGACUAAAUGUUUGCAAGCCAAGCAAAUGAAAGAGAAAAAGAUGUCGGAAGAGAGUCAGUGUAAUGGGAAACAAGAUACGAAAGAAGUCGCUAAGACAUCCCCGAUAUCGAGGCGUGGCAGAGCAAAAGCGGCGGUAGUGGAGCCGCUAAAAAUGCCACAAUUAAAACCAGAACCACCUGCGAAAGAUAGAGCUGAGAGUCCUGUCAUAACACCGCCAUCUCUGUCUCCUCCUCCCGACGACAUAAAAAAUACGUCUUCUACGGAUAAGCAAUUGCUUACUUCGGAGUUGCAACCGGGAAAAACAAGCGACGCAGAGGAUAACAAGCCUGAAACGACGGAAGAUAACGCGGUUCCAACUACGACGGAAUCGGAAGUAACGUCAGCAAGUCCGGGAGAGUACGAAGGUGGGGACGAAGACGAAGGUGAAGAGGAAGAAGAAGAAGUACCUGCACCAAGAUCACAACCUGUAGCACAGUUUGCAAACGAAUUGGAGAACACGUCGAAAGAACGAAACGAAGAUUUGGACCAAGUUGGUGUAAGUGAUGAUAAUCAGAACAAGGAGAAACCUUGUUUAUCAAACGUGGAGCCUGAACUACCAGUCGUUGGAGAUCAAGAAGAUAUUUUAAAAGUACAGGAAAAAGGCUCUGACAUAGGUAAGGCUGUCGAUUGUGUGGAGUCAUCUAAAUUGGUACCUGAAGUCUCUUUAUUAAAAGAAGACGAAGUUAAGAAAUCAGAAGUUUCCACGCAAGAGAAAGAUAUCCCUAAGGAAGAAACGAUGGUUUACGAACCGUCUGGUGAUUUGAAAGAAGACGACACAACUCGUUUAAAACCAGAAAUAUCUCCUUCCACGCCUACAGAGAAGAAGGAACCUUUUUCAACUCCAAACGUAGCUUCUCCGGAAGUGCAACCGCAUACUCCACAGGAGAAGCUUAUAUCGAUCACGGAGCAACAAGAUACGUUACAAUUACAAAAUCAAUCCGAAGAGUUGAAACAGCAUUCACCAGAGAGUGGUAAGACAACGCCACAUCUCGAAAAUCCUGGUUCGGUAAAAAGGACACCACCUUCGCAACCGGAUUUACCUUCCAUGGGUGUAUACACGCCUGAUUCCACAACAAACUCUGUACAUUCGUUGCAUUAUGGCCAAUGCGAUCUAGACGUUAGUCAGCUCGGCUUAGAGUCUCCUACUUCUAUAGCCAGUGAUUUGGCAUCGCAAAACAGCGUAGAAAGGCCACCAAGUGCGUUACCAUCGAUGCCAGCUGGACCUGUUACGGUUCCGAUAUCAGUUUCGAUGCAAAUCACGGCACCCUCCACUUCGGUAUCGGUGAACAUACCGCAACAAGUUCAAUACGCUGAUUGUUCAAUGCCACAACAUACACCGCCAGCUCAUGUCAGUAUACAUCCGAUGCACCAACCUCAUACGCCACAAUCUCUUCAACAACCACGAACUCCACAAUCUCAUACGCCCCAAAGUAUACCCACGCAAAGUCCACAACCAUUACCGCAAAGUCACACGCCUCAGCCACUUCCUCAAUCUCACACGCCACAACCUCUUCCGCAAUCUCACACACCUCAAAAUAUACCGACGCAGAGUCCUCAGCCAAUGCCACAAAGUCAUACUCCUCAACCUUUACCACAGUCACAUACUCCACAACCGAUGCAGUUAUCGAUGGCACAGCAGACGCAAAGUCAAAGUAUGGCGCAUACGCAAUCGCAAACGACGCAACCACAGCAACCAUCGGCUCACCAACAACAACAACAACAACAACAGCAACAACAACAGCAGCAGCAGCAGCAGCAGCAGCAACAGCAGCAACAACAACCGCAACAGCAAACGCAACAGUCUCAUAGCAAUAAGAGAGCCAGUGGUUCUCAAACGACUCACAGGUCAAGAUCUGCACAACAAAGUAGAUCUCAUCGAACGACACCGCCGACGCCGCAUACGCAAACGUCGCAACAUACGACGUCGUCGCAUACGAGUCAUACAACUGUAGCUCAUUCGACUCACAUACCGCAAUAUCAACAGUCGUCCUCUAUGAGCGUACCGCCUGUGCCGCAUCCACAUUCUCAUACGCAUGCUGCACAUUCUCACAAUAUGGCUGUCAUUUCGCAAGGAAACUACAUGGCCGUGGCAUCACAAGGUUUUCCUACUCAGAACACUUACGUGAUACAACAUCGAAGUAGUAGAUCCGGUGCACCGACGCCAUGUACUACCGCCACCAAUUUCUACAUACAAACGAGUGCGAUGCCACCACAUUCGCAUACGCCGGCACCAUCUCUUCCUGGUUCGAGUAAUCAUCAGACAACGAAUUCCUGUAGUUUGGCAAAAUUGCAGCAGUUAACCAACGGCUUGGAGAUGAUACCGCCUACGCCACCACCGGCCAUGAAUUUGACACCACCACCGCCCAUACCACAUACCAUGACGCCACCGCAGACGUCGAGGCAAUUACCGACGCCCCCACAGGUACCUUUAGGCUAUCCAAAAAACUACUACAACGUGAACACGGUGCCACCAGGUACACCAGGGCCACCGAGCAGAUCGGCAUCGAGGUCAUCGUCCAAUUCAAAUAUGCCGUCUCUUACUCAGCCUUAUCCCAGCGAGAGUCUCUAUCGACAGACCCUAGAUCCUGGUAGCACGUGUCCGCAGAUGCAAAGUGCCGCUAGCAGAGUCAGUCCGAACGUGGCAUUGAAUACGAAUCUCAUGGCUGCCGCACCAUACGGAUAUCGAGUCGCUCAACCGGCAACCGGUUACAUGAAUCAAGCGGCACAACUGGGUGGCUUUAUGAACCAAGCGAGCCAAUUACCUGUUGGUGUUGUAAACGUACCUGCACCUUAUUCUCAGGAUCCUCAUCAGCAGAAUCCAGCGGCGGUGUACACCACGUAUCACGGCUAUAUUAACGGAAGCCUCGCGAUGCAGCCGUUAAAUGGUACCAUGAGGCCACGCUAGUUGUCUCGCUGAUUCCAUUUCUUUUUCAACGGCGAAAUCCUCCACAAUUCGUCGUAGCCGAUCAACGAACUAAUUUUAUCGGACAAGUGAACGCUCUCUAAGAUAUCACGACCUUCCGUAUUUGUCGCCAUCAAUCGUCACGAGCGUACCCCGGAUUAUCAUACUUCCCUGACUUUGCUUCCAGGUUCGUCCGACGCGAGCAUUCACGACUAUAAACAUCCUUUGGAUUUUUUGUACAGAUUGCCUCGGUUGCUACUCUUUUUACAGUGCCGUUUUUUAUCUCGCUCUCGUAUUUCGGUGAACACCAUUUAGUGUGACAGUAAAGAGUACAAAGUAGGAUAUGGUUGGUCGAAGUGAAGACUCAACAUUAUUUCGAAUUGUUACUUUAUCGAUUUCUCUCUCUCUUUCUCUCUCUCUCUCUCUCUCUCUCUCUCUCUCUCUCUCUUUUUCUUUCUCUUUCUCUUUCUUUUUUUUUAUGACAUUUGUGAUUGUAGGAAUGAAAAAAGAAAGCUCGGUAGUAGUAAUCGUAAAUGAAUACGUUAUUAGUAUCGAUAGGAUACUUUUUCUCCGAAAGGGGAUUAUUUAUAAUGUUGUAAGGGAGGAUGUUUUAGCAACAACCGUAGGUAUAAAUUUACAGUAUUUAACAUACAAUACGACAUUUUGGCUCCGCGAGAAAAGUAAGGUUUCGUGUUUCGUUUGAAGUGUCGUAUCCUAUUGUUGAAGGAUUCAUGCUGCACGGGCUUUCAACUUGUCGAUAAAGAUUAACGAGGUACAAUUAUGCGUGGUAAUAGGAAUUUGUAACUUGUGCAUUUAACGAUUGACACUUUCCGUGCCGCAUCAGUUUUGUGAUUAGUCAUUCAGGCCACGUGAAUCAUCGUUUGAUUCACAUAAGUUCAUUAUAUUUGUUAAAUAAAUCAUGUUCCAUAAGAGUUACGAAAUUAGAAAAAUUAUUAUUGUAAAGAAAAAUUAAUGGAUUAUUAAUUAAGGAUUAAUGUUGUAUAUUGCAUUAUAAGUAAUAUACAUAAUAAUGAUUGUAAAUUAUACAUAUAAUAAUAGUAUAUUGCCAGAUAUCAGAAAGUAUUUCAUAACUUUUUGUUUUUUUAGCUAUUGUAAAAUAUCCAACGGCAUGGAAUGUGUUAAAUAUCGCACUGGAUAUCAGUUUUUAAAGGCCAAUGUAGGCCCAUCGAUUUGUCUCUUCAAAUCGAUCAAAGCGAAUACAUAUACAUACGUAUGUUUCAGCAGGGUCUCAUCCUCCCGACAUCGGCGCGCAACAGUGUUAUGUUUUAUGUAUCAUAGUAUGUAUAUAUAUAUAUAUAUACAAACAAACAAUAUAUAUAUAUAUACAUACAUAUAUAUAUAUAUAUAUAUAUAUAAAUACUUACAAAUAAUAUUCUGUUUGAUAUUAUAAAUUGUUGAACAUUGUUGUUUACGUUUUCUUCGGGGCACGCUGUACUUUAUAUGUAUUAUAAAACUACUUAUCACUAUGACAAUUCUAUUAUCAGAAAUUAUUCUAUUAUUGUCAUUGUCAUUAUAAACAUUAUCAUCGUCAUCGACAUUAUCAUCAUCGUUAUCGUCAUUAUCAUCAGCAUCACAGUCUUUACUAUUAUCGUUGUCGCGUCAUCGCGCACGCGCGCGCUAUCAUGAUUACUAUUAUAAUAAUAAUAAUUAUUAUUAAUUAUUAAUUAUUGAUUAUUAUUAUUAAUUAUUAAUUAUUAUUAUUAUUAUUAUUAUUAUUAUUAUUAUUAUUAUUAUUAUUAUUAUUAUUAUUUUUAUUAAUAUAAUAUUAUCGCGUUACUCUUACUACACCAAUCGACAUACAUAAUUAUAUUUUACUCAUCCCGCACGUUCACGCAUCUAUCAUUCGCUUAUCUAUCAUUCGCCAUGAUGCGUAACAUUUUUAUUAUUCAGUACCGCGAGGGGGCACACUAGUUUCGAAGGAAAAAAAAAAAACAGAAAAAGGUUUAUGACUGCACGAUUGGUUCUUCCACGAAGCGUUGCGAGAUUUAGCGAAAAUUAUUUUUUGUAUUGAAACGCGCGAGAGGUGGCAUUGUCGACGAUCUCCUCCUUAUCGUGAUAAGGGCGUACGGGUGCUCGUUCGUAUGACUUUAAAUUCAAAUUACCCCUUUCUCGUGUACAACGCUUCGCGGAAUGGCCGCAGACCAAAUAAUAUAUAUAUAUUAUAUUAUAAAUAUUAUAUAUAUUAUAUAUAUAUUAUUUAUAUAUAUAUAUAUUUAUGGUACGCGUUCGAGUUUAAUUUUUUCAAACAAGAGGAAUAAGAGCGCGAACGUUCGAGUUGCGCCUAGUUUGUAGUAUAACUCGUAAGCGAUAAGGAAGGUCAUUAAUAGUGUAAAAAUACAUCAAUAUUUAUUGUACAUAGAUCUAAAAAAUACUAACAAAUAAAAAACAAAUCAAAAAAUAUAAAAA